AAACAGGUGUGUGUGUGUUUCUCUAGACGGUAUAUUAACUCGGCUUUGACCGUGACCUAGUCCACUCAGAACCGAUACCAGGUCUCCUAAUACCUACUGCAGAACAACUUGUUGCGAUCAUGCGGUUUGUCUGGUUCUGUGUUUUUGUUUCUGCUUUCAUCGGUUGCUUUGUAACCGAACAACAGAUACUCGGUGACCCACAAGAUGUCCCGGUGACCGAUGCCGAGGUUGUAGCCUCAGCACAGUUUGCUGUGGCUGAAUUUAACAAAGCCAACCCACGGAUGAAAUACGAACUUGUGGCAAUAACAUUGGCCAAAGUCCAGAGCAUUGCAGUAUUUGUUCCUGCAUGGAACUACAUCCUGGAAUUGCGCCUGCGACGUACAACGUGCAACCCUGGUACUAAAAAAUUGUGUAACUCUAAACCCAAGGAGCUCCAGUGCCACUUCACGGUUUAUUACACUCUGGAACACCCAUGUGUACUCACUGAAAGCGAGUGUAAGGAACCGGGCAAACACUGAUUCUGACUGUUG